AUGGUCAAACAAGAUUUUACUAUCACAAAGUAUGAAGUACGUGAUAUUCGCUUUCCUACUUCCCAACAUUUGGAUGGAUCGGAUGCCAUGAACAAGGACCCCGAUUAUUCAGCUGCCUAUGUUAUCUUUUACACGGAUUCAGCUAUUGAAGGCCAUGGUAUGACUUUUACCUGUGGACGUGGUACUGAGGUGUGCUGCAGUGCGAUCGAAGCCUUGGCUGUCAAGUUCGUUGGCAAAAAGUUGAGCGAGUUGACUGCCGACAUGCGUGCCACCCAUCGUAUCUGUACCGGUGAUAGUCAACUUCGUUGGAUUGGUCCUGAAAAGGGUGCCAUUCAUCUUGCUACGGGUGCUGUGAUCAAUGCUGUAUGGGACUUGUGGGCCAAAGCAGAAGAAAAGCCUUUAUGGAAAUUGGUUGUCGACAUGACCCCUGAAGAGUUUGUGCAGUGUAUUGAUUUCCGUUACAUCACGGAUGCUGUUACUCCUGAAGAAGCUAUCAAGAUGUUGCGUGAGAAUGAAGCUACCAAGGCGACUCGUGAAGCUGAAAUGCGUGAAAAGGGAUAUCCCGCAUACACCACAUCGGCUGGUUGGCUUGGCUACAGUGAUGACAAGGUGCGCCGCUUGUGUCGUGAAGCCAAGGAACAAGGUUUCACCCAUUUUAAGCAAAAAGUCGGUGGUGACAAGGAAGCUGAUAUUCGUCGUGCCGCCUUGAUUCGUGAAGAGAUUGGCGACGAUGCUGUUCUCAUGAUGGACGCCAACCAAGUAUGGGACGUCAAUGAAGCUAUUUCUUGGAUGGAAGACUUGUUGCAGUUCAAGCCUCACUUUAUUGAAGAGCCUACUUCCCCUGAUGAUGUCCUUGGUCAUGCUACUAUUCGCAAAGCACUCUAUCCUCGCACUCGUGUUGCUACUGGUGAGCACAUUCAAAACCGUAUCAUCUUUAAGCAACUCUUCCAAGCCAACGCUAUCGACUUUUGCCAAAUCGAUUCGUGCCGUGUGGCCGGUGUCAAUGAGAUCCUUGCUAUCCUUCUCAUGGCUAAAAAGUUCAACAUCCCUGUGUGUCCCCAUGCUGGUGGCGUUGGUCUUUGCGAAUACGUCCAACAUUUGUCAUUGAUCGAUUACAUUUGUGUGUCAGCUACCACUGAAGGCCGAGUACUUGAAUACGUCGACCAUUUGCAUGAGCACUUUUUGGAUCCCGUCGUCAUGAAAGAUGGUCGUUACAUGACUCCCACCUUGCCCGGCUAUAGCAUUCAAAUGAAGCGUCAAUCCAUUGAAGAUUACACUUUCCCCACUGGAAAAAUCCACAAGGAGCUUGCCAAUAACAAGGCUUAG